AUGGAUGAUGUCUAUGAAACUCGAUGGCAGGAAUUGUGGACAGAUGCUUGUGAGGCAUUUGAAAACGAAGCUGGGGAUGCUCCACCUGAGGAGUUGGAACCUUGGGAGGGUUGCCUUUUGCAAAGGUUGCUCUUCACUCGCUUGGAGAAACCACUGGCCAAGCGCUUUAGAAGGCAGCACAGUCAGCUAGCAAAGCAGACAUUGGAUGGUUUGCAGCGGUGUUUGCGGCAGAUGGUGACAAUGUCUUGGAAACAGACUGAUGCAGAACUGGCCUUGGAAAAGGCUCACCAACACGAGUGUAGUGGAGAAUGGGAAAAGGCGAGAGAAAACUAUGCAGAAGCGCUUUGGCUGGGUCCUGCCCAACCUCUCCAAUGUAGCUUGAGGUUCGCACAGCUGCUGCAUAUCAUGGCUACAUCGGGGUCCGGAGAUGAGGGUGCGAGUGAACAAGUGCUUCGACAUGCAAUUUCUCAGGGCAGUGACGUCCCUGGAAAGAGAGCACUUCAAGCGAGGCUGAUUCUGCUUUUAUUGCAACAAGGGCGAAACGAAGAAGCAAAACCUUUGCUGGUGGAUGGCGGAUGGAAAUACCAUUUGGCACCUUGGAUUUUGUGUCCUGAUGUAUUUCCUGACGGCUUGGAAGAGAAGCCUGCCUCGCCCCAAGCUGGAUUUCCCGGCUGUGUUUUCGAUGAUGCAAUUCCUGAAGGGUUUUUGCAGCACCUGCAAAGUUUGUUGUCCCCAACUUCUGAGUUUUGGACAGAGCACGUGUACAACGAGAUCUUGGGAAGCUCAAAAGUUGGAUAUUUUAGUUAUGUUCAGAAUGUUGAAGGCGAAGUUCAAAACACGAUUGAUUUGAUUAUCCAUCACAUAUGGGAGCUCCUCAAGGAAACGCAUCUUUUUCCCAGCUUGGAAGAAGCAAGUGUGGCAGAGUGGUGGGCGCACAAGCGGCCCCAUGGAUGUGGUCACCAGAUGCAUUAUGACAGUGACAACGAGGGCAUUGGAGGUGUGAGGAAUCCAAUCUGCAGCUGCAUAAUUUAUGUGAAUGCUCCACUGGGUGUGGGUGGGCCUACUUUGGUCACUGAUCAAAAACUGUGUAAUACACACCUUGGUACCAAAGGCUGGUUAGUGACUCCAAAGCGAGGGCGGUUGGCAGCCUAUGAUGGAACGCAUUUUCAUGGCGUGGUACCUGGCUGUGGCAAAGCUCCCUCGGUCAGUGAACAUACUCUUGGACUUGAAGUGCCCAGACGUAUCACCUUCAUGAUCGCUUUUUGGAAGGAAAUUCAGAUGAGACCAUUUGGGCCAGAUGGCCUUCCAGGCAGUAGCCGCCCCUUACCUAAUCCAGCGCAGGUGUUUGAGAUCGGAAAGAAAAAGUACGCCUGGCACCGGCGUUUGGCACUUCCUUUGGAAGCAGGCACUUCUGCAUCACCAAUUGCUGUCUCUCCUCCAUGCCGAACACCAGUAUGGACUGAAGUCAACGGUGGCGAUGUUGGAGACGGCGAUGAAAUCUCGCGAGAAGCAGCUGCAAGCUACAUCCGAAAUGCUUUCGAGAGGUUCCAGAAGCUCGGGGCAAGCCCCAAUGCCGCGGCAGCAGAUGCCUUGCGUGAAAUGGCUGGCCUUGCCCCAGUUCUCAAGGCCAAAGCUCGCACCUCCAGUGUGCCGGGUGUGCCGCAAAUGUUGCUCCCGCCUGUGUCUUGGGGUGCUUUUGAGCCUGCCACCUGUUCAGAUGAUGCUGAAGCUGAGGCAAUUGAGGAGACUUUGAACGACACCAUAUUGGACACCCAGUCGACGCAGCUUGACCCGGAAACUCAAGAUGCAAAUGGUGAUGAAGAGGACACCGCGGUCACGAUGAAGAGACAGUCUCCAGAACCAGCUGGGGUGCCAGCCGAGGAUCAGCUCUCCACUGCACAGCCAGACGAAGAAAAAAGCGUCAAGCCAGAGGCCAAGCCCCAGACGCGGCGAAGCAAGGGAAAUGCCCAGAAGCCAGAGGAGGCUCCUUCCUCCAGAAGGACUGGCCGCCAACGCAUGCCUCCGCUGGAGCAUUGGAAGAAUGAAAGGUGCGUUUAUGAGCGCAAAUCUGGGUCUUCUGUGCCUUCUCUGGCUGCAGUUGUGAAGUGCCCGGCGGAGGCUCAGAAGAUUUACUCCGUGGACAAUGCAAAGGGAAAGCGAGCAAAGGUCGCUGAGUCCACGUCCACAUCAAAGAGGAAGCGAAAGGACAACAUGGCAGCAGAGUCGGUGGCAGAGUCAGCCGAUGGCGACCUUUCUGACCACGACGAUGCUGGCAUUGUAAGCCUUCCAAUGCCUUCAAUCUACGACAUUGUGGACAAGAAAGACAAGAAAGGCAAGAAAAAGAGCGAACACAUCCGGACUCCGGAUGUUCCAAAAGCGGGAAAAGUGAAGGGGAACAAGUCUGAAGCUGCGCAGAAGGAGUCGGUUGCAAAGGACACCCCUUCCUCAAGAACCUCAAAGGGCACCGGUGCACACGGUGGUCAAAGCUCGCCACCACGGGGCCUUAUGGGUGCUUUGGAAGCUGCUCGCAUGGAAGCUGCAAGGAUGCGAGGCAUUGCACGGCCGUUGGCUUCAGCGAACAGCAGUGCACCAUCUUUGAACAACUUUCGGGGAAAACCUUCGCUGGCUGCCAUGGCUGCUGCUGCUGCUGCAGCAGCCUGGACCUCAGCUUUGUGCCAACCCGACUGUACCGUCUUGGUGUUGGCAAUGGGCCUUCCCCGGCUAGAACAGCUGCAGCGGAUGCAAAGCCUGCCCAGAGGAGGCGGUGACAAAAACGGGUACAGUGUCAAACUAGACAACAUCACUGUCACUCCGGAAGACUUCGUGGCAGUCAAAGAAGAACUUCGAGAAAAGUUCUCGAAAUUUGGCGACGUUGGUGACGUGUACAUUCCAAGGGAUCGAAACUUUGCAUUUGUACGAUUCAGGGACAAGCGUGAUGCUGAAGAUGCGGUGGAUGCCAUGGAAGGCAAGACCGACAUCUUGGGCCAAGAAGUCAGAGUGACGAUGGCAUCACAGGCGAAAAAGGCUGCGGAGGACUACUCAAAGAGAGGGAGGGGCCGAAGGUCGCGCUCACGACGACGGAGGUCCGACUCCAGAUCUGAGUCUUACUAUGAGUCUUCUUCGAGCUCACGAGAUCGUCGGCGACGUAAAAGGGGACGAGAUGGGUCUAGGAGCCGGCACCGUCGCAGACGGUGA